AUGGCCUUCCUGACCACCGCCAUCAUUGCGCUUUUGAUCCUUGCCGCGACCGCCAUUCUACUCCCGCAGCUUGCGGGGGCCGUCCUCGGGCUGGUCUUUCGUGGCGUGGGCUGGCUGAUUCGCCGACGGACACGGUCUCGGCGGGAAUACGUGAUCGCGCGGGCGCGAUCAGAGGAAGAUGAACAGGCUCGCGCUUUGCGCCAAAAGACGUCGUCUCAUUCGCUGGCCCGGAGCCAGGGCGAGGACGAGGACUGGGAGAAGGUCGACAGCUCAGCUCCCAGUGGAGCUAAAACCUCCAGCACCAGCACCAGCAAUGACAGUGGUGCGAGCUCAGAUGAGUGGGAUGGGGUUAUUGGGUUCUUCCAUCCAUUUUGUAAUGCCGGCGGUGGCGGGGAACGUGUACUCUGGGAAGCAGUGCGCGCGACACAGAAGCGCUGGCCAAAGGCCAUUUGCGCCAUAUAUACGGGUGACCAUGAGGUGAACAAGGCGACCAUGCUCGAGCGGGUGGAAAACCGAUUCAACAUCCAUUUACAUGCUCCGACGGUGGUCCUGCUUUACUUGACAACUCGCAAGUAUGUUGUUAGCAGCUCCUAUCCUUACAUGACACUGCUGGGCCAGUCGCUUGGGUCCCUGAUUGUUGCAUACGAUGCUUUUACGCUGCUUGUGCCAGACGUGUUCAUCGAUACCAUGGGCUAUGCAUUUACUCUGGCGAUGUGUAAAUGGCUCUUCCCCACGGUGCCCACCGGAGCCUAUGUCCAUUACCCGACCAUCUCGACAGAUAUGCUCGACUCUCUCAACGACCAAACCGGUGUGAAGGGCAUGAACUCAGGCGCUGGGAAAGGCUUAAAGGGAAACAUCAAGCGAUACUACUGGCAACUGUUCGCUCAGCUGUACGGCUGGGUGGGUCGCCACGUAGACGUUGUGAUGUGCAACUCGUCCUGGACAGCAGCACAUAUCCGCCAGCUCUGGGGCACCCGCAAAAGCAUCAGCAGCAACUCCUCCUCCAUCAUCACCACCACCAGCAAUGGCAGCGGGACCCCGUCUUCCCCAGCUGUCGUCUUCCCGCCCACGGCUGUCUCCGAGCUCGAAUCGACCAUCGCCGUUGACGAAGCCAGCGAACAAGCCCGCGAGCCCACCCUGCUAUACAUCGCCCAGUUCCGCCCAGAAAAGAACCACCCGCUCGUCCUCCGCUCCUUCGCCCGCUUCCUGCAGGAGCGUGCCCGCAAUCCAGCCUCCGCGAAUCUCCCGUCCCCGCGUCUCGUGCUGAUCGGCUCCGUCCGCCACUCCAGCCCGGACGAAACCCACAUCUACAAUCUGCGUCUACUGGCGCACGAGCUACGCAUCCGCGACCACACCACCUUCCUUUGCGACGCAAGCUGGCCCACCGUGCUGUCGCACCUGGGCUCCGCGUCCGUCGGCGUAAACGCCAUGUGGAACGAGCACUUCGGUAUCUGCGUCGUCGAGUACCAGGCCGCCGGCCUAAUCUGCGUGACGCACGACUCCGGCGGCCCGCGUGAGGACAUCGUCGUUGAUCUCGGCGAUGGUGCGACUGGGUUCCGCGCCGAGACGGAGGAGCAGUUCGCCGCGGCGUUUGAGGCCGCGCUGGCGUUGCCGGAGCCGGAGAAGGUCGCCAUGAGGCAGCGGGCGCGCCGGUCCGCGCGCCGGUUCACCGAGGAGGAGUUCUCGCGCAAGUGGCUGGACCAGGUGCAGAAGUUGGUCCGGGCAUCGCGGUAG